CGCCGAGGGGACAGCGCGCUAAGCGUGCGGCCCUGACAGGCGGCGGCAGCUCAGCUCAGCGGAGCAGAUCGCGGCAGCGAAGGGCGGGCUUGUCUAGAGAACGUUGGCGGUUCCAUGGAAACCCAAUUCACAUAUGAAGAUUAUCAGACCACCACACAGUGGCUUCUGUCCCACACCAAGCACCGCCCUCAAGUGGCAGUGAUCUGCGGUUCUGGGUUAGGAGGUCUGACUAAUCAGUUAACUCAGGCCCAGAGCUUUGACUACAGUGAGAUACCAAACUUUCCCCGAAGUACAGUGCCAGGCCAUGCUGGUCGACUGGUGUUUGGGUUCCUGAACGGCAAAGCCUGUGUGAUGAUGCAGGGCAGGUUCCACAUGUAUGAAGGCUACCCGCUCUGGAAGGUGACCUUCCCAGUGAGGGUUUUCCAUCUUCUAGGUGUGGACACCCUUGUGGUCACCAAUGCAGCUGGAGGGCUCAACUCCAGGUUUGAGGCUGGAGAUAUCAUGCUGAUCCGUGAUCACAUCAACCUGCCUGGUUUCUCUGGUCAGAACCCUCUCAUAGGUCCCAAUGAUGAAAGGUUUGGAGUUCGUUUCCCUGCCAUGUCUGAUGCCUAUGACCGGGAUAUGAGGCAGAAGGCUCACAUUGCCUGGAAACAAAUGGGGGAGAAGAGAGAGCUACAGGAAGGCACUUACGUGAUGGUGGCAGGCCCCAACUUUGAGACUGUGGCUGAGUGUCGUCUGCUGCAGAAGCUGGGGGCGGAUGCUGUUGGCUCGAGCACAGUUCCAGAAGUUAUAGUUGCAAGGCACUGUGGACUUCGAGUCUUUGGCUUCUCCCUCAUCACUAACAAGGUCGUUACGGAUUAUGAAAGCCUGGAGAAGACCACUCACGAGGAAGUCCUAGAGGCCGGGAGACAAGCGGCACAGAAACUGGAAAAGUUUGUCUCCAUCCUUAUGGCUGGCAUUCCACAGCCUGGCUGUGCCAAUUAACCGGGCCUGGAGUGGUCUGGCUUCUCCCUUAUGGGAUCUAGGUAGCUGCUACCUGCUUUGGCCCCUUGGUGGGUCAUGUGCCUCAGCCCUUAGGUAGUAGCAGACAAGAAAGGAAGAACCACAUCCUUCUCCUCCCCACUUUCCCAUCAGAACUUUCUGGUGCCAAUUCUUCUUUUGCUCCAUUGUUUUCUAAACAGUUCUUGUCCAAGAGUUGGAGCACAGGCCUACCAUGUAUCCAUGGAUAUCCCCAGGAUGUGACUUAGGCCAUUGAACUUGCUACAGUAGCUUCUCUAGUGUCUUGAGGUGAUGCUCUCACAUUCCUGAGAGCUCAGUUCUGAGUCCCCUAAAGCAGUAGAUAAUACACAAGGGCCAGCCUUAUGUCUCUUGGACUUUAAUGCUGUCAUCCUUUGAGAAUACAGAAAAAGAUAAAAUAAUUUCUUCACUUUUGUGCAAUUUGUUGUAAGGCUGUGUCACAGGCCAAGGGGAGUAUGAAAGGCCUUGAGACCACAUAUCUUUUGUGACUAUCUGCUUCUCAGAGAAGUAGCUAAGCACUGAGAUGAGGUUGUAUGUGAAUGCAGGAAAGAGGAAGGAAAGGCAAAGUGAUGACAGAUAAAUAUCUUAGAUGAGAUGAGGAUGGAAGGGCUAGCUUCUGGCAGAUGAAGGCCUCUUCGUCACAUGAGUCUGCUCUGUCCCUUGCCUUAUGAUCACCUCCUGUCUACUUUCUCAUCAAUAUCAGCCCCCAUUAACUAGUCUUGAAACUGAGGAUGAAAGACUUCAAAUUUCCCUGGAUUCAGAUGAAACCUGUACCCACAAGGUUAACAUGGGAAACAGAGUAACCAAAGUUUCUGAGCUUGCCUGGAAGAAUACCAGGAGGACCACUGAUAAGACAGUAGCUUCCUGACAGCCCUCCACCUGACUAAGCCUCAUGCAGGAGCAUUGAGAAGCUAUAAUGACCGAUUGUAAGCUUCACAUGUCAUAGACUAAAGAUCCACCACAGGCAACACGUGGAACCCUUUGGGAUUUGGACAGGUCUCCUGUGAAGACGUAUGAAGGACAGCUGCCCCUACGCAGAGGACUCUUAGUACUUCAGCCCCCCAAGGCCAUAUGUUCCCCUCAUCUUAUUCUCAAGAUACGCUUUGGAAAAACUGUUUAAACUGCAUGUUGGCAAGCUGAUCUGUAACUGGUAGAAAGAAUAGCUUGUUAGUAGAAAAUUUGUGUCCUCUGCUCAAACUGUUCCCUCUGUCCGAGAUAAGAAAGGCACUGAGGUUUUCUUAGGUUGCUCAGGAAUGUUGCACUCAGGAGAUCUGCUACGGUGAGGCACCCAACUUUCUGUGGUCAUCCAUCGCCUGACAUUUCUGAGCCCCCUCCCCAACUCCAUUUGCUUUAUAUAAGUCAUUUCCAAAUCAGCUCCCUUUUAACACGGGUGUUUUUUAGGAUGAUAGUCAGCUCUCUGCCAAUUUGCUAGUUUAUCGCUUAUUAAAGUUCUUUCUCUA